UUGAUCUUCAUUUUCAUGGGGAUGAUUUCGUUUGCUUUCAGAACUUUUUCUUUUUUUUCUUUCUUUAAAUUCUCUGUGACUUUAUAUCAUGUUGUGAACUUUUUUUCUCGUUUUUUUUGGCGAAUUGAAACAAAAUAUUAAUCACAAUAAGCAAACUAACAAUUAACAAUAUUAAAUGAAUGAAACAAUAGACUAACUUUUUUCUCAGCGUAAUAAACAUGAUAAUUCAACCAAACUUGAAACUUUUUCUUCAGUUAUCAACUACCAUCCAAAUGGAUGACAAUUAGCUCUCAAUUGUGUUUUGAUGAUUUAUGAUUAUUAAUAUGAGCCUUUUGAAAAGCCCAUUGGUUUGUUUGAAUUGUUUAACACAAUUGAAAAUAAUUAAUCAAUGCGAUUCGGUCAAACUUUUUGGUAAUAUAUUUGGAUUUCUAUUGCGAAUCUUCAUCCACCAGAUACUUGGUGUUCCCAAAAUAGAUGCUCCAGUUGAAGCGACUCAAGAGGCCAUCAAUCGCUACGAGAAGUAUGCUCUUUUCUUUCGUACCUUGUUGCACGGAUUCCGUCAGUAUGGUCAAGGUAAAGAUCAAUAUAGUAACUCAAAGGACGUGACACUUUCAACGUCAAGUCUUCAUGCAAACUUGCCAUUUGACCUUAAGAAUUGGAGUAUUCGGCUGGCAUCGGCCGUAAACUUUGUUCGCUUCGUUAGUUUGAUAUUCAUCAAGGACGAAGCUACUCUCAUCUAUCUAGGGGACAAUGUUUUCCGGUCAAAAGAUCGUAUAUCAAUAUGCAUGUUUAAUCUUUUCUCAAUAACUGUGUCAAUGCUCGUUCGUGAAGCUUUCUUACGUAGCGAAGCUCAAAAUCAUUGUACUGUUCUUGCAGAUUAUGACUAUGUUCGUACUCAUGGCUUCAACUCUUCACAUCUUAAAAUGACCACAGCUCAGACUAAACAGUUCCAGUUGACUGUCCACUUUUUACUCAACCUUUAUAAUCGUAUAAUUACCUGUAUGGUUCCAUUUAUAGUGAUCUUGUACAAUAUACCCUUUUUUACCAAUCCUUACACAUAUCAAAUAUCAUCUCUGGCGAUUUAUGGUACUCUCUGGUCUUUUACUCACACUUGGUCAGCUGUUUUUCUUGCGAAUGAGAUGUUAACAACCUCUGGUUACAUGUUUCUCAUUUGUGCUAUCCACUACUAUCGUAUACAGUCAGUUGUUGAACAAUCAAAAUCCAUUCCUAACGAGUCUAUUAAUAAUUUAUCAAUUGGCCGUCAUAACGACGACUUCAAGGAGUAUCGAGAGCUCAAAAGUAGCGAUAAAAUAUUGCAGCGAGUUAAAAGAUCAAAAGUUUCACGCACUUGUUCAUCGGAAUCAUUUCUAUCAACUAUUCACAGAGAUAUUGAAAUUAUCGCUAAUCACGAUCUAAAAUGUGCUCAGUUUACGCCGAAUUAUGAGAUAAUUGUCAAUUGGGCUACAAAUCUUAUCGGCAAUUGGACUCGCCGAUUCAAUGUCUAUGAAUUUGACUUUAAACGACUCCGAUAUUUGGUCUUAUAUUAUUUUACGGUGGUCGCUUUUACGGCCGAUCUGUUCAUCUUUUUGGGCGUAAUCAUCGUUUCUCAUUCCCGAUUAGUCGCCAACAUGUAUGCAGUAUUAGGCUUAUUAGUGCUAACCCUUUCUGCUAUUGGUUGCUACUUUGUAGGUGAUUUCAUGACAAAGCUUGAAACAUUACACAGACGAUUCCAUUCAAUCUGCUGUGAAACCAGAUUACCAAUUAAUAUCAGAUUAAAGAUACUUGAAAUAAUGGAUCGGUCUCUUGGACCAUAUAAUGGGAUUAAAGUUGGUGAUUUAGCAACAAUUACGCAAAGUUUUUUCAUAAUUUUCAUGUUGGAAAUUGCAGCGACUUUCAUGCUAUUUGUUUGUAACAUUCGUGGGCUAUUUGAGCAAUAACUCCCGAUUUUAUUUGUAUGUUAUCAAGUUUAUCUCGAGGAUCGACAUCGGAAAAACUUCGUUGGAUAUUCAAUUUGUACGAUAUUAAUAGCGACGGAUUCGUAACAAAGCAAGAACUUUU